UAGGAGAUGACCAGAGACUGCAGGCGUACUAUAGGAGAUGACCAGAGACUGCAGACGUACUAUAGGAGAUGACCAGAGACUGCGGACGUACUACAGAAGAUGACCAGAGACUGCAGACACAGUACAGAUGACCAGAGACUGCGGACAUACUACAGGAGAUGACCAGAGACUGCGGACACAGUAAAGGGGAUGACCAGAGACUGCGGACACAGUACAGGGGACGACCAGAGACUGCGGACACAGUACAGGAGAGGACCAGAGACUGCGGACAUAGUACAGGAGAUGACCAGAGCCUGCGGACACAGUACAGGAGAUGACCAGAGACUGCGGACACAGUACAGGAGAGGACCAGAGACUGCGGACACAGUACAGGAGAGGACCAGAGACUGCGGACACAGUACAAGGGAUGACCAGAGACUGCGGACAUACUACAUCAUAUAAACACAGAGAGCAGUACACAGACAUGCCAGGAGCGGGGAGGAGCUCUGAGGACA